UGUGGAUAUAUUAAAGCAAAGCAAGACCCUGAGGAAGAGAAAAUGCAGUUUCAGCAUGGACGAGUCAAAAUUCCCGAAACCCGCACGUACAUUCACCCGCACACAUAUGAGGACCCCAACCAGGCGGUGCGAGAUUUCGCCAAAGAGAUCGAAGUUUCCAACAUACGGAUUGAGAGAGUUAUUGGGGCUGGUGAGUUUGGAGAGGUCUGCAGUGGCCGUCUGAGGCUGCCCAGUAAGAGGGAGAUCCAGGUGGCCAUCAAGAGUCUGAAAGCCGGAUAUUCGGAGCAGCAGAGACGUGACUUUCUGAGUGAGGCCAGCAUUAUGGGCCAGUUUGACCAUCCCAACAUCAUUCGACUGGAAGGAGUCGUCACCAGAUGUAAGCAUUUACAUCCGAAUCGCAUUUGCACAUAACGUCUAUUGCUGGAAAUAGUUUGUACCCCCUGUGUUUUCCACACAGAGAUAAUUGACCUUACAAUCUUAUCUUCAACAAAAACCAA